UUAGUCAUAUAUUUAGUCAUACCCAUCCCGUACUCUCCGAGAGAUUGGGACUGAGACUGAGGGAGUGAGAGACUGAGAGACCAUCCAGAGCGCAAGGGAUUGGACCAGGCUGGAUUCGGCGGCUGACGUACAAUCAUCUCGCACCUCGUCCUUGGUCCCACCUCGAUUGCUGCAAGAGGCUGUAUGUAUGUGCUCUGCCUGCUCUGCCCUCAGCCCUCAGCACUCUCAGCGCCCUCCUCUCCUCUUCUCUCCUGCACUCACACAACCCUUCCCAAUCAUCGAAUCCCCAUCUUCACUGCCAGCCGGUGAAGCCAUCGUGGCCGUGUGUCGUCUCGAACCUAGAUUUGGCGUUCUUGGCCCUCUUCCGAGUUGGCAGGGCUAGUUGGCGACUGAGGGCCCUAGAGCUACCCAGGUAUUCACAGGGCGCCUAGCAAUCACUUCACUGCUCACCCCCCAAGCUAUCCCUGCUCCUGCUGCCUUUUUCCAUUGUCUUCUUGUCCAGCUCAACGGCAAACGACACGGGAACCUCACGAUAGAUGCAUCUACAUCAGACACGCUCGUUCGCAGUCUUCGCAGACGCGGUCAACACCACAGACUUGAGUUUGUGGAGAGGCCUGACUUAGGCUAGUUCAGACACGCGAACACACCAGUUCCUGACUCCAGCGACGAUGUCGUCACCGUCGCCACGGCGCACCGUAUCACCUAGCAGCAAUACUGGUACGAGCAACGGUUAUUUCAACAUCACCACCGGUAGUGGUGGUGGUGGUGCCAGUAGUAGUGGGAAUGGGAAGGGGCUUGGGAAUGGCAGUGGGAAGGGCGAGGCCAGCAAUGCUAAUUCUCCAACGGUCGUCGCCACUUCAGGUUCUCCUAUCUUAUCGAGCCAGGAAACCCUCGUCACCUCGCCCCGUCUGGAUCCCAUCAUCGAGCAUGUUAUCGCAGCUCACACCCGCCCUUCUCGAGCCACGAGCAUCUCCAGUAUCUCCUUCAAAUCCUCGUCGCGGGGCGGUCCGACGUCUCCCAUAGGCCAACCCAAGCCAGCCAGGAGGAUCCGAGAUGCAUCUCCGCCGCCCGCAUCGUAAGUUCUGCCGAUUUCGUAUGAAUGGUUCGUCGUUUGCGUUUGAGGAUGUAGGCAUGUAAAGUCACAGUACAAGGCGGGGAACAAACAUACAGACACAACUCCAGUACCGUACGGCAAGUGACCACCGGUCGUCUUAAGUAUGAGAUACGCGAAUCCGCAUCACGACCAGCUGGAUGGGACCUGGAAAUCCCACGUCCUCCCACGCGAUCUGUAUUCGCUUACUGGUGUGUUCGGCCGAUGUCUUGACACCGGGUGACCUGACGAACCUGACCCCACCUUUUUCACGCCUUGUGUCCCUUUUUACCUCUCUGUUCCCAGAUUUCAACAUUGUGCAUGUGCGCCUCUGUGUAUCAAUUCCAAAGCUGUUUAAUCCCCAUUUUUCUUCUCUCUUUUUGACUGCUACUUUUUCUACACGUAUACCUUUGCAGCGAAAAUGGUGCUGACAGUAGAUCCCACCAAUAGCCGAUUUCAACACCAUGUCUCCUUCGACAACUUUGGAGUUGGGGGUGAACCUACCGAAAACAAUACGAUUUCUUUCACAUUGAACGUCAAGCACAAGGGGUACCAAUUCAAAAGAAGGUCACGGACCUUUAUGGUUGGAAUUGAUGAGAACGACUACUCCGAUAUCGCCCUCCGAUGGAUGCUGGAGGAAUUGGUGGACGACGGAGACGAGAUCAUAUGUUUAAGGGUUAUAGAAAAGGGAGCAAAGAUAAUCAGUGAUCGCAAUCUGGAAAGGAGACAAUACCAGACGGAAGCUCGGGAAUUGCUGAAGAGGAUACAGAAGAAGAACGACGAGAAUCGGGCAAUUAGCAUUGUCCUUGAAUUCGCAGUUGGGAAAGUACAUGCAACAUUUCAGAAAAUGGUGCGUAGGAAUAUGGCGAGGUAUAUCUCAUUUUGCUAAUUUGUGUAACCACAGAUUCAAAUCUACGAACCGGCUAUGCUUAUCGUCGGAACUCGAGGUCGGAGUUUGGGAGGAGUUCAAGGACUUGUUAGCAACCGAAAUUCCUUCUCGAAAUGGUGUCUACAAUACUCGCCUGUCCCCGUGGUCGUCGUACGCCCUACUGAGAAGCGCAUUAAAAAGAAGAAUAAGAGGGGCGCCGACCCCAGUAGACAAGACUAUGCGCGAAUACUACGGGAAAGUGGCAUCAACGAGCACGAAACGAAUCCCGGCUCCAACGCCGUGGAAUUGGAACUCUCUAAUACCCCAGAUGUAGAAGCGCAUGCUGUAGCCGCUGCCCUAGGUCUCCCGGCCGCCUUUGACCCCACGCUCAAACCUCUACAUCUCUCUGGAAGCCAGGCUCUCAAAAAAGUCGAAUCAGGAACAAGUGAUGUGACGAAUAUCUCAAAGGAUAGCAAUAAUGUAGAUUCGCGACCCGACAGUCCAUCGGCAGCGUUCAAGAAUCAAAAGGGGGCGCCUCUCACGGCUGAUAGUCCUACGCCGUCGGAGGAGGAUAACGAGUCCAGCGAGGAAGAGGAAGAUGAUGAGGCGGGGGAGUUUGAGGCUGUUUCAGGCCAGUUGUUACUCGGGAAUAAAGAUACGGUGCCACCGAGUAUUGAGAAAAAGAAGAAGUUGCAUGAUAUGGAGGUUGGGGAGGCGAAGGCGUUGCUUUCUCCUGCGGGGAGGAAGAGUAGUGUGGGGAGUGUGGAGAGCUCGGUUAGUGGGAUGGGGUCCGGGGGUGGGGUGGAGGAGUAAAUGGUGGUCUGAUGUGAUGGGAUGGGAUGGUGAUGGAUGGAUUCUUCAAAUUGUUUACGGAUGAUGACGGCCUUACUCACUCCCCUUUGAUUUUCUAUUUCUAGGGUCGAUGCGGGACUUUUCUCAUUUUUUUUCUCAUUGAUGUUGACUUUUUCUUGGUUGGAAUGGAAUGGAGUGGAAUGGAUUGGGAUGUUUUUCUCUUUUCUACUAUAGGACCUACAGUUUACUACCCUUUACUCGUUGGUGAUGGAGGGCAAGCGUGGCGUUGGGAUGGAGGGAUGGAUGGAUGGGAGUUUCUUUUCUCCUACGUCUUCUUUCUUUCUUUCUUUUUUUGGUGUGUUGGUUAGGAUGGGACGGGAUUGAUGGGUCCAUGAGGUUUAGUAGGCUUGUGAAUGAAUGGAUAGCUAGCUUGUAGCUAGCUUAAUAGGAUGAGAUGAAAGGAAAUUAGUUGAGAUGAAUGGGGUGAAUGAGAAUAAUUGGAGGGUGAUUAGGAUUAGGAUUAGGAUUAGGAUGAGAAAAUUGAUACCUACGCCCCU